AACAGUUGCCCGGGUGAGGACGAAGCGCCAUAGCCACGGUAGUCGUGGUGACAAGAACCCAGCAACGAGAAUCAACAACAACAACAGCCCGAUUCAUUGAAAAAAAGCGUAUUAAAUCAAACGCGCGGCUGGAAAAGUCUCUCGGAAUAAGAGACCAGGGUAACCCAAUGGCAACUCCAGCAUACGUUAGGGAGCUGCAGCAGACCUCCCAGCCUCAAGGGGGCAGUGUCACUCCUACAACAGGACAGGCCUCAACCGUGACGGCAGGCCCUCAGCAAUUCCUGGCUGAACUUCAAACUACAGGAGCCACGCCCUCAGCAGCCCCGCCCACAGGUCGGACCACGCCUCCCACUUCACAAGCACAGAAGAGCCAGGCGAUUGCCCAGGCUCCACCCACACAAGCCCCGCCCACUCAAACUCAGUACGUCACGGCUGAGAUUCAGAGCUCACCUACACAGUCCAGCAAUGCUCAGAACACACCACAGUACAUUGUUGUCACAGUUACAGAGGGUUCUCUACACUCCAGUGACUCUGUCUCAGAUUCCAGUCCUCCUGCUGCUGUGGUCCAGACUGGAGUUCCCACACAGGUAGUGCAGCAGGUACAGUCGGCCCAACAGAGGUCAGUGGUUCAAGCCACAUCUCAGACAACAAAAACAGAGCCGGGCACGCAGCUGAAUGUCACCAGCCUACAGUCUGUGCACCUGACACAGGAGGUACAGCAGCAGCUCCAGCAGGUGCCUGUCCAGCAUGUGUACACUAACCAGGUGCAGUAUGUGGAAGGAGGAGAAGCAAACUACACCACCAGCACCAUUCGUUCCAGCAGUUUCCCCUACACAGAGACCCCUCUGUACACCCAGAGCAGUGCGGGACAGUACUAUGAGGCCACCCCUGCCUCUGGAUCUGAAGCUGCGUCCCCGGGCACGCCUCUCACCGUCUCCGUCACCUCAGGAUCCCCAGGUGUGCCCAUGUUUGUGGCAGGGACGGGGCAAAUUGUGGCCAACCCCACCACAGCGGCAGGCAGCGGGGUCACAGCAGUAGUAGCGGCCGCGGGGACGGCAGCUAACGGCUCUGGAGAAUCUGCCGGCGAGGCUAACGGUAGCAGCGGCAGCUAUGUGAUCCAAGGUGGCUACAUGUUGGCCGGCACAGGGACCGGUAGCAGUGGAAACGGUCACGGGUACCCGCACCCCACUCGCGCCUCUCCAGCCACCGUGAGUAUAAAUGAAGGCGAGGACAAUAGCGUGCCGUCGGCAGACAAAAAGCUGUCCUCUGGCCCUCAGGUGCAGUGGUUGUUGGAUAAUUAUGAGACAGCAGAAGGAGUGAGUUUGCCCAGGUCUACUCUCUACUGCCACUACCUGCUGCACUGUCAGGAGCAGAAGCUUGAACCAGUCAAUGCAGCGUCCUUCGGGAAACUCAUCCGCUCUGUGUUCAUGGGCUUGAGGACUAGACGUCUGGGCACACGAGGGAAUUCCAAAUAUCACUACUAUGGCCUGCGGAUCAAAGCGAGCUCCUCUCUGCUCCGGCUGAUGGAGGACCAGCAGCACCUGGCCAUGAGACAGCAGCCCUUCUCCCAGAAACAGAGGUUGAAGCCGGUUCAGAAGGUGGAGGGAAUCACCAACGGGAUGUCAUCAGGAUCUGGACAGCAGCAACAGCAGCAGCAGAGCUCGGGGUUGUCGGACAUCAGCACACAGGUCCAGCAGUACCAGCAGUUCCUCGAUGCGUCCAGAGCUCUCCCAGAGUUCCCUGAUGUUGACCUGCAGGGUAAAGCUUUACCAGAGGGCAUUGAGCUGGAACAUCUCAAGAGCUUUCAGCUGCUCUACAGAGAACACUGCGAAGCCAUUCUGGACGUGAUGGUCAACCUUCAGUUCCCUUUGGUGGAAACUCUUUGGAAAACUUUUUGGAGGUUCAGUGAUAAUCAGGCAGGAGACUCGGCAACGCUAGCUGUGCACGAUGAGUCGGAGAAGAGGCUGCCCAAGUCAUGUUUGGUGAUUCUCUGUAAAUAUGACCCGGUGCUUCGCUGGAGUCGUGACUGCGACAACACACUGUACCAAGGCCUGGUGGAGAUGCUCAUCCCAGACGUUCUGAGACCUAUUCCCAGUGCCUUAACACAAGCCAUCCGAAACUUUGCCAAGAGUCUUGAGAGCUGGUUGACUAAUGCCAUGGUGAACAUUCCUGAAGAGAUGGUUCGUGUCAAGGUGACGUCUGCAAGUGCGUUUGCUCAGACUCUGCGCAGGUACACCUCUCUAAACCACCUGGCCCAGGCAGCUCGAGCCGUCCUGCAAAACACUGCUCAGAUCAACCAGAUGCUCAGCGACCUCAACAGAGUGGAUUUUGCAAACGUGCAGGAACAGGCCUCAUGGGUGUGCCGGUGUGAGGACCGGGUGGUGCAGCGGCUGGAGCAGGACUUUAAGCUGACCCUUCAGCAGCAGAACUCUCUGGAGCAGUGGGCCGCCUGGCUGGAUGGGGUGGUCUCGCAGGUCCUAAAGCCCUACCAGUCCAGCGCUGCUCUUCCGAAAGCAGCUAAACUCUUCUUGCUGAAGUGGAGCUUUUACAGCUCUAUGGUGAUCCGAGAUCUGACUCUGCGCAGUGCUGCCAGCUUCGGCUCUUUUCACCUAAUUCGUCUGCUCUACGAUGAGUACAUGUACUAUCUGAUAGAGCACAGGGUUGCCCAGGCCAAGGGUGAAACACCGAUUGCUGUCAUGGGAGAGUUUGCAAGUCUUGGCCGAAGUCUGAACCCACUUGAUCCUGAUAAAGAAGAGGAAGAGGAAGAGGAAGAAGAGAGUGAUGAUGAGUGUCAGGAGUUAUCUCUGCAGUCAGACGUGGGUGCGAUGGGGGACGAAUCUCUGGAACCGCCCGCCAAACUGGCCCGAACCGACCAGAGGGUGUUGUUCACCACAGGAAGCAUGGAAAACUGAACCGAAAGCCACACAUGCACACACACCACACAAUCACCGCCCAUCAUUUAUGCACUUCAAAUCCACACAUACAUGCAUCCAAGAAAACACAAAUGCUGCAGCUUACAUAUUUACACCACAUUUCCGAUGUUUAUAUGUACAUUUCCAUGCCUGUCGAUGUCUCAAACGCAUACACACACACACACAUUGAAACACAAAGAGUGUGGCCCUCGCACAACUCAUAACAUGGUCAUCGAAUAACGUAUCGUAUCGAGAUCGUAGACAUCAUAAGAUGCAAGAACAUAAACGAAAACUGCUGCAACUGGAUCAUAAGAGUGGUCUGCGAUGGACUGAGCUCUGAUUGGCUACUGAAACCUGAAUGAAGCUUUUUUUUAACCUUUAAUGGUUGUGUAAGGAGAUGGACUGUAAGUGUGUGCGUGCGUUGUGUGUUGAUGUAAACUUUCUGCCUAUCCGUGUGUUGUUUGUGUGAUGGUGAGUGAUCCGGGAUCUUAUCGUUUCGUUGGCUAGCGCGAACGCGUGUGUGUGUUUUCGUGCAAGAGUGAAUGGCCGUCCGUGGUUCUCAACAAGUGUUGAUAGUUGUUUUCGUCAAUGGUUCCUUUUUUGAUGCCUUCAGUGACUGCCAUGUCAUUCAGUGUUUAAAGCAUAUUAUAGCCCAGCUCUCGAGUCUACUGGGUGUAUGUGAUUCUGCUGGGGUGUGUUUUAUUUUUUAGGGCUAGUCUAUAUACAUACCUCUGCAAAUGACAGCAGUUUGCCAGAAACGAGAGGCUCCUCUCACUCCUGUUCAUUUAUUUGAUAUGGGUUUUAUAGCAUUUUGCUCCUAUUUUGUUGCACUUUUUCCUCUUGCCAAACAUGGUCCUGAGCUUGGUAUUAGGCAUUAAAAUGUUUCUGUCCUUACUUUUUUUUUUCCUAUGGUCACAAAGUGACAAUCUGGAUGUGUACAGCGUUGUCUAACACUGUUUAGUGCAUAUUUGAUGGUUUUGCUGUGUAUUUAAGAUUUGGGUUAAGAUAUUUUACUACUAGAACCCUUCAAAUGAACUUGACACCACUGCCCAUAGUAGCUCUAAGUAGAGAACGGAUCUUUCGGCUUCUCAAGACUUGUUCGUCGACUUCUUUAUUUCUUGUGUUGUGGCGUUAUUUAAUGAUCAAUUCGAGAGACCUAUAGUACAUUAAAACUAUAUCUUUCAACUAUUGCUGCUGUAUAUCUGAAGGAUAGUGAGCAGCGCACAAGAUGCUGACUGAUCUCAAACCAGCAUGAUGCUUUUCUUUCCCUCUGAUCCUCUUGACAUAUCGCAAGAUCUGUAGAUCCUCUCUGUACGACAGCCAUUUUCAUGACAAAAUGAAUUUCCCUUUUCACUUUUUGAGGUCGUUUCCGUUUCUUGCUAAAAAAGGAAAGAUAAUACACGAAAAAAAACUAGUGUGGUAGUGUUUUGAGUAAUCUGAACCAUGGGGAUGGUUGUGCCUUUGCAGUUAUCAAAUGAAAUCCAGAUGUUUUUAAUUUAAAAUAUGAAUAAAUCACUAAUUUCUAAAA